CCCCGACUGGCAGUUCAUUCAUUCAAUUCCCAACCCAUAAUCCUCCCUUUUCCUCCUCCCUCUUUCCUUCUCCUGGCGGGAUAUCCCACGACGCGACCAUCCAUUUCCCCCCUCCAAUCGUUUUUUAAGAACAGGCUUCUGGGAAACGGGGGAUUUUCCAUCUGAUCAACGAGCAGCAGACGUCCCUCGCUUGCAUCUCCUGCCGACCGACACCACACAGGCCUUUGCCAAAUCGAUACCCGUGACUUGGAACCCCCAACUCACUCCGAACGACGAGAACUGCCCCGAUUGCUACCGAAUCACGGAUCUCGGCUACAGCGACCGGGUACCUGCAAUACGACCGACGACGGUCGAUCCAGCCGGUGCUGAAGCGACACGCGGGCUGCAAAUAGAAGCCUGACUAUCGGGGGACCGGGCGACCAACCACCACCAUGUUCUUUUCUUCCUUACCAAAGGCCUUGUGCCUCCUCCCGGCACUGGCCUCGCUCGUGGCGCCGGUCGCCGGCGAGCGAGUGCUGAAGUCGACCUCCCUGAGCACAUGCCAGGAGAACUCGGCCUUCAGCGCCAGUCUCUUCGACGUCGCAUACUACCCAGACAACCAGACGGCCAUGCUGAACGUCGCGGCCAUGUCCUCGGUCGAGGGCAAGGUCAUCUUCGACGCGUCGGUCCGUGUCUACGGCUACGAGGCCAUCACUAUCAAGGGUGACCCGUGCACACAGGGCCUCAAGGGUCUCUGCCCCAUGACGGCCGGCAAGAUCCCGCUCAACUUCCCCGUCAACAACAUCUCGCUCCCCCAGAUCCCCAACAUUGCCUACACCCUGCCCGACCUCGACGCCAAGGUCCGCGUGUACAUCAACCUGACCGAGGGCCCCGACGCCGGCAAGGCCAUUGCCUGCGUUGAGGCCUACAUCGUCAACGGCAAGACGGUCGACCUGCUCGGUGUCAAGUGGGCCACCGCUAUCGUCUCUGGUCUCGCCCUCACUUCGUCGGCCGUCGUCAACGGCCUCGGCCAUUCCAAUGCUGCAUCGCACGUUGCCGCCAAUGCUCUGUCUCUGUUUGGCUACUUCCAGGCGCAGGCCAUGCUUGGGCUGACCUCAGUCCCCAUGCCUCCUGUCGUGCGCGCCUGGACUCAGAACUUCCAGUGGAGUAUGGGCAUCAUCCGCGUCCAGUUCAUGCAGGACAUGUGCACCUGGUAUCAACGCGCCACUGGCGGCACCCCAGCCACUCUGUUCGACGCCCUUUCAACUGUCUCGGUCGAGGUCCAGAAGCGCUCGCUUGACGCAGUCCCGGUUGUUCACGAUCUCUUCCGCCGCUCCACGGCCCUGCUCCCCCGCGCCAUGACCGCCACUGCUGGCAACCUGUUCAAGCGCGCCAACAUCGUUACCCCGACUGGCAGCUUCAUCGUGUUCGGUAUCCAGCGUGUCGCCUUCAAGGCCGGCAUCGAGACCACCAACCUCUUCCUGACGGGUCUCAGCUUCUUUGUCGUCUUCGUCAUCCUCGUCACUCUGAGCGUAGCUGCUUUCAAGGGCUUCUGCGAGGUUGCGGCCAAGAAGAACUGGAUGAAGCAUGAUACCUUCCUUGACUUCCGCAACGGUUGGCUCACGGUGCUCAAGGGCAUUCUCUUCCGUGUCACCCUUAUUGGUUUCCCCCAGAUGUCCAUCCUCUGCCUCUGGGAGUUUACUCAGGUUGACUCGCCCGCCAUCGUCGUCCUCGCCGUCUUCUUCCUGCUCUCCAUGAUGUUCACGCUCGGUUGGGCUGCCUCCAAGGUCAUCCGGAUCGCUCGCCGCUCCGUCGCCAUGCACCGCAACCCGGCCUACAUCCUCUUCUCGGACCCGCAGGCUCUCAACAAGUGGGGUUUCCUCUAUGUUCAGUUCCGCGCCUCGGCCUACUACUUCAUCGUUCCGUACCUGCUCUACAUCUUCCUCAAGGCCAUGUUUGUCGCCUUUGCGCAGAAGAACGGCACGGUCCAGGCUGUUGCCUUUGUGCUCAUCGAGGCCGGCGCUCUGAUCGCGGCCAGUGUGCUCCGCCCGUGGAUGGACAAGAGCACCAACUCGUUCAACAUUGCCAUCUGCGUCAUCAACUUCCUGAACGCCAUCUUCCUGCUCAUCUUCACCGGCGUCUUUGGCCAGCCUCCUCUGGCCACGGGUGUUGUGGGUGUGUUCCUCUGGAUCUCCAACGCCGCGUUCGCGCUGGUCCUCCUGAUCAUGCUCAUCGUGACCACGGCCGUCGUGCUCUUCCGCAAGAACCCCGAUACCCGCUACCAGGCCAUGGCCGACGAUCGCACUUCGUUCAUGAAGUCGCAGACCCAGCUGACGGCCACGACGGAGCUCGAUGCGCUCGCCGCGACGGCCCGUGGUGACAAGGCUGGCUACAACAAGAACGGUGUCGACCUAGACGACGACAACGACUCUCUCUCGUCUGGCUCCAUGCCCCGGAGGCAUGAUGGUGCGAACCCGCAGAUGCAGCAGCCUCCGAGGUCUCCUGUCGACCCGUCGGUGCCGCUCUUCCCCGCCGAUGCCCGCCGUGGGCCACAGCAGAAUUACGCCGGUUCGGUGAACCGCUCCCCGAGCCCGUACCAAAACAACGGGUCAACAUCGAACCUCUCGGCAUCCGGAGCAUUCCGGGCCCAGAACAACGCCAGCCCGGCUGGAGGACCGCGGUCAAACGCCGCCCCAGGCCCUUGGCAACGCGGUGCUGGUUACGAUUAAUUCCCCUGACAAUACCUAACUAAAUGUGUUUCCACGUCGGCAACUGGGCUCCAAUGCGGACCGGUCGCAUAGUUCCCGGUGUCUAAUUGAUUUCUCUUUUUGGGCGAUUUACUACCUGUCAUCCCGGAACCGGCAAUGGUAUUCAGGGAUUGGCAGCACUAGCCGGCAUUGGCUAUCCAGUUGGAGACGGACGGCUUGCACGGGAGGGCUCGGAUUCGAUGGACAGCCGAGCCCAUCUCGAGUCUUGUUGGCGUCGCGACAUUCAGCAUGACACAGGCGUUGGAGAGGGCGGCCAGACACGCGAUUGCACUAUUUUGUAUCUCCUUUCUAAAUCUACUCGACGUUGUCACUUUGUUUCUGUCUGUUUUGUCCCUUUGUAUUCAUUACAAGUUUUCUUUUGUCGCAAUUGUAUCAUUUUCAUUCUCAGCGAUGCAACUCAUCUCGUGUUCGAGAUAGCCUGUUGUGAGAUUCUCUGAUCCUGCCGUCUGUAUCUAGUGGAUAAAGGAGAAGAAGUCUUACAGCUCCGAUA